CUCAAGCUACGGUCCUCUACACAUCCAAUAUCGCAAUGUCAAGAACAGCAGCAUUAUCCUCAUUCGUGGAAAGCACGCCGCCGGGCGAGCUAUCGGACGUCACGAAAGCUAUCAAGUCCAUCCUCGGCGAUGAUAACGUCUCCUCCGAGCUGUCACCGGCAUUCGAGAAGUACAACGAGGAGCAAUUCACAACUGUAAAGCUCCCGGGCGGCAGCAACGAAGUACUUGUUAGCGAACACAACCGGUUAGGCGAUGGAAGAUAUUACGAUGUAGAAAGCCAGAGCUCGUUUGAGUUCGACCAUGCCACACAGAAGGCUAGCGGUGUGCAAUCCUACGUGCUUGAGUCGGAUAAUGCGGACCUAGUGAAGAGUACUAUCAAGAGCCUUUCGACCCACGCGGCGGAGCAUUAUCCUAAGUCCUCCAUCGGAGUGUUCCCCGUCUCCGACGAGACCGCCCUUGCCAUUUUGACCGUCGCCAACAAAUACUCCCCUUCAAACUACUGGAACGGCCGGUGGCGCUCCUCGUACAUCUACACACCCUCCUCCGGUAGCAUCACAGGUACAAUUAAGGUUGACGUCCAUUACUACGAGGACGGCAACGUACGACUUCUCACAAACAAAGACGUGGACCUCAAGGUCGGACAGAACGCCAACGCCAGUGAAAUCGUUCGAGCGAUUGCGGGUGCCGAAAAGAAAUACCAAGAGGAUUUGAACAAGGCAUUUGGCAGCUUGAGCGAGGGAGCUUUCAAGAGUUUGAGGAGACAGUUGCCCAUCACUAGGCAAAAGAUGGACUGGGACAAGAUCUCCGGAUACAGAGUUGGUGCUGACAUAGGUGGUGGCAGGACCAGGUAGACCACGUCUGAGGAUCUUGUUAGGGAAAAACCCUGAGCUCUACAAGAUUAACUUGGUGGAAAUAGAAAUAGAAAGAUUCAAGUACAUUUGUUAACAAAACGAUUGCCGUCUGUAUUGGCAUUCUCUCUUCAUUCAGUCACCUCACGGACAUGACUUUACUAUGAAAAUCCUGAGUUGCUGUAUUUGUUUACCUUUACUUACGCGUACCACUAGGUCGUCUAUUUUGAUGGACUGUUUACCUUCUAUCACUUCACAAGUCGGCCGGGGUUUCACAUUCUCAGGAUCCCUCUUUUC